UUUUUUUUUUUUUUGUACGAGACAAAUUAUACUAGCUUUGGUAUGGGAAGGAAAUAGAAGUGUAAAAAUAAAUUUAUAUUUUGUACCUUUUCAAAGAGGUUUACUCUAAACCCAUUUAUUUAUUAGACGGAUCUAACCCUUUAAUAACUAUGGCGGGUCAUAGGGAUCCAAGGCGUCCAACCCAUAAAAUUGGUGUCUUUGAGAUUAGUGAGAUAUCCAUUGAAGCGCAUUCAACGUUCUCCAUUGAAGCGCAGUUGGCGUUCUCCGUUGAGUCUAGUUUUUGUAUCCCCAUUGAAGCAGCUUCUGAGCCUUUUGUAUAUAACUCUUCAAUGUUGGGAUGGAAGUAUGACAAUGGACUUUAUCUCCAUGGGUCCAGGGCAGCCGCCCCUCCUGCCCGGGCUCAGGUUCGGGCCUGCGUAGUUUCAGCUCCAAAGAAUUUGCAAUCUUAUGAGAAGAAUAAUUUGCAGAAAAGUAUUCAAAUUGGUGUUCUUGGUGCUAGUGGUUACACUGGUUCUGAGAUUGUUCGUUUGCUCGCCAAUCAUCCAUACUUUGGUAUCUCUGUGAUGACUGCUGAUAGGAAGGCCGGUCAAUCAAUUGCUUCAGUAUUUCCACAUUUGAUCACCCAGGAUUUGCCAAAUUUGGUUGCUGUCAGUGAUGCAGACUUUUCGAAAGUUGAUGCUGUGUUCUGUUGUUUGCCCCAUGGCACAACACAGGAUAUUAUUAAGGCACUUCCUGGCUCGCUAAAAGUUGUUGAUCUUUCCGCUGAUUUCCGACUGCGAGAUACUGCUGAAUAUGAGGAAUGGUAUGGUCAACCUCACAGAGCACCAGAAUUACAGAAAGAAGCUGUAUAUGGUUUAACAGAAAUAUUAAGGCGUGAAAUUCAGAAUGCUCGCCUAGUUGCUAACCCUGGUUGUUACCCAACUUCAAUUCAGCUUCCUCUUGUUCCCUUAUUAAAGGCUAAUCUUAUAGAAUACAGUAACAUAAUUAUUGAUGCAAAGUCUGGUGUGAGUGGGGCAGGACGUGGUGCAAAGGAGGCUAAUCUAUAUACCGAAGUAGCUGAAGGAAUUCAUGCAUAUGGUGUUACAAGACAUCGUCAUGUUCCCGAAAUAGAACAAGGGCUGUCAGAUGUUACAGAAUCUAAAGUAACUGUCAGCUUCACUCCACACUUGAUGCCAAUGAGUCGGGGUAUGCAAUCCACUAUAUACGUUCAGAUGACUUCAGGAGUGACUGUUGAUGAUCUCUAUGAACACUUAAAAAUCUUCUCCGAGAAUGAAGAAUUUGUUUUCUUGUUGGAGAAAGGUGUUAUUCCACACACUCGAAAUGUCCGUGGAUCGAAUUACUGUUAUAUGAAUGUCUUUCCUGAUAGGAUCCCUGGGAGAGCAAUCAUAAUAUCUGUUAUUGAUAAUCUUGUGAAGGGAGCAUCAGGUCAAGCCAUACAAAAUCUGAAUUUAAUGAUGGGAUACCCAGAGAAUACAGGGCUACUCUAUCAGCCUCUCUUUCCUUAGGGUAUAAUGUCAAUUGGUUGUGGAUUGCCAAUUGUGGCCAAUGGGAGAGAUUAAGGCUUCUAUUGUUGUUGUAACUUGUAACCGGUGGGACAAUCCAACAAUGCUGAUAAUUUCUUGUACCAUGCAACCAAGUCUGUCUUUCCCCUCUCCACACCUAGAAAUGCCCUUUUCGUAUCAUGUAGUUUUUAGGGACAUUGGAUGCUAUUGAGGGAAGCUCAGGUUGUUGUACUGCAAUGUGUGCCAAAAGUACUAUAUUACACUGCAGAUUGGAAAGUCUAGAUAAAUUUAUCCUUUUUUUUUGGUGCAAAUUUUGAAUUUUUUCAGUACUGAAGUGAAUAAUGAGAAAUAAAUUCCCUUUUGGUUUU